UGUAUUCAAGCUAACUAAACACUAUCCCUAGCUGCUAGAAGGACAGGAGAGAAAUGUCUGAUACCAUAGCUGACACAAGAAGGCUCUUCAGCAAGCCUCAGAACUUAAAUGACGCUUAUGGACCACCGAGUAAUUUCCUAGAGAUCGACGUGAGCAACCCUGAGACCAUCGGGGUUGGCAGGACCAGAUAUACCACGUAUGAAGUCAGACUGAAGACCAACCUCCCCAUCUUCAAACUGAAGGAAUCGUCUGUGCGGAGGCGAUACAGUGACUUCGAGUGGCUCAGAGCGGAGCUGGAGAGGGAGAGCAAGGUGGUCGUACCACCUCUCCCAGGAAAAGCUCUCAUCCGGCAGCUUCCGUUUCGAGGGGAUGAUGGGAUAUUUGACGACUCCUUCAUCGAGGAGCGGCGACAGGGCCUGGAGCAGUUUCUCAACAAAGUGGCCGGUCACCCUCUAGCUCAGAACGAACGAUGCCUGCACAUGUUUCUACAGGACGAGUCUGUGGACAAGAGCUACACCCCAUCCAAAAUCAGACAAGCCUGAAGAAGAAAAAGAAAAAAAGAAAAAAGAUGGCUCUGCUUGGCCUGGUCUGGCUCGGUCCAGCUCGGCCCGACAACCCAAAGCUCUCUUCACUGCUCCAGGUUUCUCUCAGACAAUAAACAUUUCAAUGAAAACUCCCCCUCCCCACUCCACCCCAAAGUUAAUAUUGUUCACCUCUUUCUUUUAGUUUAGUGAUCGGUGUUUGUUUUCACCUUCUAAUUGGAGUCAAGAAUGUUCGACACAUAACUGUGGUUGGAAGUAAUUUAUAGUAAUUUCUCUUUAUGUCUGGAAAUGCCACUAACAUGGAUAUAUUAUGUAUUUAUCAUUUAGCUAUGUCUUGAAUAUAUUCAUUUAUCUAGUAACAUUGAAUGAGCGUUCUAUGUAUGCAAAGCUCUCGUAAGUACACCCACAGCCUUUCCCGUCAUAUAUAUAUAUAUAUCCAGUACUGGCAUGUUGCUCACCAUACCUAGCAACUAAACACACACACAGACAUAUAUAUACUCACACACGCACACACACACAUGCACACACACACGUGCACAUAUAUUUGAUGGGCCUUGACUUUCCAAUCACACUUAGUUGAUCCUGUCUUCAAAAGGAAAGCACGUGUGUGUGUAUAUCAACCAGCACCUGCCCAGUUAUCACCAUGAUUUUCUAGCAAGACAGAAGUAAUUUACACAGAGGGAACUGCAGUAUUUCUACUGGCUAUAUGCAUUUUGAGAUUUGUAUACUGCUGUGCCAUUUUUGUUUAUUUUGAAGAUUUUCCAAUAAAAUAGGUGAAAUGUC